AUGAAUUCGGAAAAUACUAUUACGACUACGGCUGCGAUCGACAACGAUUCUCAACAGACUGCUGCUGUCGCUGUUGCUGCUUUAUCAUUUGAUCAGACUAAAGGACUACAACAACAACUGCUCUGGACACCACAAGACAACAACAAUUAUAGCGAUGUCAAUACUCCAAAAGUUCCAAGACCUCCAAACGCAUUCAUCAUUUACCAUAGAACAAAAUCUAAGGAAUUAGCACGUUACAAAUCUUCAAUUCGUUCUAAUUCUUCCUCCUCCUCCAACAACAGCAACAAUGGUCAUCCGUCAAAAACUGUAGCAGAAAUGUGGAGGGAGGAAACUGAUGCGGUCAAAUUACGAUAUCAACGUGAGGCCGAUUUAGCUUUAGUUGAGCAUAAGAAAAAAUAUCCAUUUUAUAAAUAUCGACCUAGGAAGCGUGAAAAUAAAAAUAAGUUAAAAACUCGUGGUUGUGGUGGUGCUGGUAAUAACAACAAGUGUGUAAAUAAUAACAACGCAAUAUUAUCCCCAACUGAUUCAGAAUUUGGUAUUGUAAAUAAAGAUGAUGAUCAUCAUGAUGGAUCAGAAGUUCCACCAGAACAUAGAAAACAAGCUUCAAUGGAAUCAGCCUUUACUGCAAUCAAGAAAAAUACAUUUUCACCACCACAAACACCUAAGACGCCAAAUUUUUUAAAUCCCUCGGAACAUCAUCCUCUUUCAUUAAUAACAAUGGCAUCGAAAAUGCCACAAACGGCAAUUAUAUCAUCAUUAUUACACCAACAAUUGUAUCAUAGCCCAAUUGAAGAUCUUCAUCACCAGCAAUUUUCUUUGCAAAUGUCCAGAGCAGAUAAUUCCAUUGAUUUAGACAAUGGUCAAAGUUCAUUAGUAAUAAAUCAGCCUGAUCAUUUACAACAGCAGCUGAUGUUCACACAAGAUGAAUUUCAACAAUUUCCUUCAGAGCUCUCACAAGAUGACUGGAACUCUCAAUUAUUUAAUUAUAUCAAUGGUAGUAAUGCCAAUAAUGAUGAAGAUGCCAAUAGUAGUGAUAAUUAUGAUAUGCAACCUGAUAUUUUAGAAUAUUUUUAUAAUAAUGAUUAA